CUCGUAGAUGCAUACAGGACGGCAAAGGGAGAUAUGCAUGUAUCGAAUAUACAUCGAGUAAUGUACCCACGGACCCCACUCGCCUUACCUAAGCCGGCAACGACCUCAGGUACGUACCUCAAGCAGAAGCACAGGCUUUUUCCGGCCGGCCCAGCCAAUCAGAACCGCCUUAUUUCCUUCGCUCCCUCGGCAAUGCCAUUCGGUCCAUCGAUCGAAUUUCAUCAUCCAUCAUUCCUCACUCAUUCAUCGCCAGCGCUCCCAAUUCUUCUCUCUCCCUCUCCCUCUCCCUCUCUCUCUCCCUCUCCGAGUCCUACUCCCACCCCCGUCUCACUUCCCAUCGACGAGCCUACACCAGGGACGCGAUACGCGAACACUACCUCAGCGAAGCCCACGCCCCCGCCCCCGCCCCAAUGGCCUCCAUAAUGCGCCCGACCCUCAUCCGGCAUACCCUCGCCGCAUCAACCCGGCGAGCCGCCACCGCCCCCACGCUCUCGAGACACCAGCUGAUCCGGCCAGCCCUUGCCAGCGAAAAGGCCCGCGUCGCGGCUUUCCACGCUUCCAGCCGGAGGAGCCUCCUGCCUCCGGGCCCACAGGUCAUCAAGGGAACAGUCAACGACCCGGCACCGGUCCCCGAGACGAGCCCGAGCCACGGGUCCUACCACUGGACCUUCGAGCGCGUCGUGGCCGCGGGGAUCAUCCCGCUGACGGUCGCGCCCUUCGCGGGCGGCUCGCUGAACCCGGGCCUCGAUGCGGUGCUGUGCUCGCUGCUGCUCGUGCACAGCCACCUCGGCUUCCAGGCCUUCGUCGUCGACUACGUCCCCAAGAAGCGCUACCCGGCCGCCCGCCGCUACACCAUGUGGCUGCUCAACGCCGCCACCGCCCUCGUCGGCGUCGGCCUCUACGAGUUCGAGACCAACGACGUCGGCCUCACCGAGGCCGUCAAGCGCGUCUGGACCGCCAAGCCGUAA